AUGGGUUCCAUUUCCUUGCCCUCUCCACAAACCACUUUUCUCCGGACUCUGCUCAAGCAUCAGUUUCUACCGUCAGCUAAACCGUCGCUAGACUCAAUAUGCCUCAUCGGGAGGACAGCGGUUAUCACUGGUGGGAGCACAGGCAUCGGUUUAGCAUGUGCAAAACUUCUACUCUCGCUAGAGCUUCCGCACCUCAUCAUCGCUUCCAGGUCCUCUAAAAUAGGUACAAAGGCUGCGUCUGAGUUGGUCGAGCUCUAUCCGAAGGCCAAGGUUGAGUUUUGGUGUCUUGAUCUGAACUCAUACGAAUCAAUUCGACUGUUCGCUCACAGAUGUGCGGCCCUAAGCUCUCUCGACAUAGCCAUCUUGAAUGCAGGCAUCAUGAAGAACGAAUUCCACGCCAAUAUGUCUACCGAACAUGAAGAAACAUUCCAGGUCAACUACUUAUCGACCGCUCUUCUAGCGAUAUUGCUCAUCCCAGUCUUGAAAUCGAGCUCCCAUCACGGUCCAGGUAGACUCACAAUUGUUUCUUCCGUGGCGGCCGUGACAACGGCCUUUCCUGAGAAAGACUUUGUGCCUAUCAUCCCAAGUUUUGACAGGCAGGACAACUGGAGCUCCUCUGUCGCUAAGCAGAGAUACGACGUAACGAAGCUGCUGCUGCUGAUGCUUAUGUUUAAGUUGAGCUGCCUAGUGAAGGCAGAAGAUGUCAUAAUCAACGCCGUGGAUCCGGGUUUCACGUUGGGAACGGACCUGUUUCGUGAUAUUCCUUUAGCAUUAAAAGUUUCUAUGUGGCCGCUCGCAAAGCUGAUGGCUACUUCACCGGAAAAAGGCGCUUGGACCUAUGUCGACGCAUGCAUUCUCAGAGGCACCGAAAGCCACGGAAGCUUCCUAAGCGAUUGGCAAGUUAAUGCUUUUCAUCCCAUUAUGUACACGUCGGAAGGCGAGUUAGUUAUCGAACGGCUCUGGGAAGAAACCAUCAAAGAAUUAGAAUGUGAUGAGAUAUAUACUAUCUUAGAUUCUAGGUAG